AUGUGCUUAUUCAGACAGUGUUUUGUGUUGGAAAGACAAAGAGCUCUCCCCUUCUUCCUCGCUAACAUCGGGCGCGUUGAAGGGUUAGCUCUCCGCGCCGCCUUCUUGCCCAAACUUACACCCGCAGGAAACAAAUACCUACGUGACAGACAUGAUUUUGUUCGGGAGCAGCUCAAGCACUACGGCGUCUCUUAUAAUGAAGAAGAACUUACCGGAAAUGGUACUUUACUCCUGAAAAAGGUGCUAAGCAAUGGAAGAUGCGAUUGUGUGCCACCGGACAUUACCAAACCAGACCAUGCAAAAACCACCGAAGUGAUCGGUUUUCCAAUAGACCGACACAGUUCGUAUCGGUCCGGUCAGCUGCGUGAAGCCACCGCCAGCAUCUCCGGACUUCACCAUGCAACAAGCCAUGGGCCUAAAACGCAGACUAUCUUCGCGAAAGCUGUUAAGGCAGCGAAAGAGGAACGCGAAGCCGAGCGUUCGGAGUUGUAUAACCAGUAUCUGAAGACGUUGAAGAGAAAGAAAGGGACAAGAAACUAUUCGCCAAUCGAGGGGCAGUGGCCGGACCAGGCAGACGACUUGAGUCUGGAUAUUUGCACAACAGACGAAGCUGGAAUCUAUGAAGCGUCCUUCGAUUUUGGCAUCCUAGAAGGUGUCAUGACCCUUAGCAUGGACAAAGCGCCCCUUGAGAAAUAUUGCGCUCAUUUAGACAUGGAAAGCGACGAUGAAGAGAAUAUAGGAUCAUCGAGUUCACAAUACCAGAAAUACUAUUUAAAGUUACGAUGUACCGAGACGGGGGAGGGUCACAUCUUUUACCACCCCAGUGAGGGCUCAAUUACGUUACAAGGAGAUAACAUGGCAACCUUUACCGCAAGGACGUCCUACCGCAAAAGCUGGUUUUACUUUUAG